GAGCCUGAAGACCGAUUUGAGCUUCUGUUUCCGUUCGAGAACGGCGCCGGCGACGUUGCGUCUCACGGUGACCUCACCCGGUUCCAAAUCCUGCUAUGGCGACCCGCCUUCUUCUUCUAAAAUCGAACUUCAGCCCUGUAGGCACGAUCGGGUAUUGUGAUCCGCUAUAUGUAGAGACGGGGUUCUUAACAAAAGAAUCAGAUGUUUAUUCCUUCGGUGUGGUAUUGUUUGAAGUAUUGUGUGGAAGGUUGUGUGUUAGCAACAACAACGAUAAACGUCAGCCUCUAACGAGAUUGGCACGAGAAUGCUAUGAACAAAACAGAAUAAAUGAUAUUAUCUACGGUAGUAUAAAGGAUGAAAUAAAUCCGAAUUCUUUGAAGGUGUUUACAACUAUAGCUUAUCAAUGUCUGAAUAGAGACCGCGAGGAACGUCCAUUAAUGACCGAGAUCGUGAAAGUACUUGAAACUGCACUUGAUUAUCAAGCUAAUAAAGAAAGUUGGAAGCUUUGUGAUACAGCUGAUUCCUCUUCCCCUGAAGUAUCCUUAUUGAAACAAACGCAUCCGUUCAAUAUGAUGUAUAUCGAGGAUCAAGCCCAAGCUGGUGAAUGGGAUGAAGUCGAACGAUAUUUGCGUGGUUUCACAAGGGUCGAAGAUAAUCCUUACUCAACCAAGAUAUUCUUUGAGAUAAGGAAACAGAAGUACCUGGAAGCUCUUGAUAGGCAAGUUUUGUACUAUAUUUAUACAACGUCGUCCCGAUCGCAAGAUCAAGUUUUAUAGUAUUUUUAAUCUGGCUUAUUAACGUUUGAGUUGCUAAGCUCAGGAAUGACCGGGAAAAAGCUGUUGAUAUUCUU